AUGGAAUCUUCAAUCGUUUCAGUAUUAGAUUCACUAAUUAAUACAGAUGGUGUUAAAGGUGUUUUGGUAACUGAUAAACAUGGACUAUGUUUAGGCGAGGGAUUGCAAAUUCUGUUUGUUCAGGUUUUAUUUCUUCAAUUGCAAAAUAUGCAAAGUUAUUAA